GAGUUCAUUAACUGUGUGCGCAGUGACAGCGGGAGGGGCCAGCCUUACACUCUGAGGACAUUUUUCUCUCCUACAGAUAAAGCAGCAGCGGACUCACAGCCAGCUGAGCUCUACCUGUCCUACUUCUCAGAGGAACGCGCGGACAGGUGACCUGUCAUCAUGUUUAAGAAGAGCAAGAAGACCGCUUCUAUAACCCCCGCGCCCACGGUGCAGCCAAAGUCCAGUACCUCUACAGAACUGGCUGGAAUCAUUGACAGGCUACAGAGAGAUGCUGAUAAAGUGGAGAAAAACAUCUAUGAUAUUGAGCAGAACCUCAACAAGGAUGUAAGUAAGAUCAAUGAAGGGAAGCAGACGCUGUACCAGGGUGACACCAACGGGAGAAUCCUCGAUUCUCUGAAGCUGCUUGAUGACCUGGAUGGAUAUGCCCGCAACGCCAAGCGCCUCCAGCAUCCUCAGGCUGAGAUGAUAGAGCAAGAUAUGAUUCAGCUGCGAGAGAGAGUGAAUAAGCUGAAAGAGGACCACGACCGAAUCUACCACCUGAGCCGCACGGAGGGGAUGCCCAGCGUUAACUGGGGCAACAUCAUGGAAGAGAAAAUGGAAAACCUGAACAACAAGGGCUAUGGCAAUGACCUGAAUACUGUGGAGAAUGAGGUGGAGGAACACAACAUCUUCCACAGUGAGGUAGAAGCUCUGGCUCCUCACAUCUCUACUGGUGGAGACAAGGAAUACCUCAGUGACCUCCAGACGAAAUACAACAAACUGCUGGCCAGCUCUAGUGCUCGUCAGCGCCACCUUCUGACCCUUCGGGACUACAUGCAGCGGUGCACAAAUGAACUGUUCUGGAUGGACCAGCAAGCAGAGGAGCGGUUCAACUACGACUGGAGUGACACCAACCUGGAUUACCCAGCCCGACAAAGGCAGUAUGAGAACUUCAUCAGUAAAUGUCUGGAGAGCAAGGAGGCCACCAUCACCAAAGUGAAUGAUGACGGACAGAGUCUGAUUGAUGCACAACACCCCGGAAAAAAUGUUAUCGAGGCUCAUAUGGACGCCGUACAUGCCGACUGGAAAGAGUACCUGAACCUGCUCAUAUGUGAGGAAAACCAUCUCAAGCAAAUGGCUGAAUAUCACAAGUUCCACAAGGAUGCCCGUGACACUCAAGAUCUGCUGAAGCGGCUGGAUACAGAAGUCAACCAGAAGUACAACCCGGAGUUCAAAGACGUUUAUCAGAUGGAGAGUCUGAUCUCAGAUCUUGAUGACCAAUCUAAGGCUGUGGAUCACUUUGAUGAACGGGUUAAGGCUUUGCAGAAGCGGAGCCUGCAGGUUUUGCCUCUGAAGUACAGGAGAGAAACUCCCCAGAAGUUGCUGCCAGUCGAAGCUCUGUGCGAGUUUGACUCCGAAGAUGGGCAAAUCUUGCGAGGUGAAAGGUACACCCUGCUGCGGAACAACGGAGCUAGAUGGGAUGUUAAGGAUGCAGCUGGACGUAAAAUCACUGCCCCAGGGGUUUGCUUCAUGAUCCCUCCCACUGACCCAGAGGCUGUGGCCAUUUCUGACAACCUGGCUAGUCAGCAAAAGGCUCUCAAGCAGAAGUUGGCGUCCAGCAAAGCGACUUUACAGAAACGUCAUGAUGUGCUGAAGACGGAGAGUGGAGCAGGAGUACCUACAGACAAGGAGGAACAGCAGUGUCGCCAGCAAAUGGCCGGUCUGGACAAGAUUGUCAGCGAUCUGGACAAACAAGAAAAAGCUAUUUAUACUCAAGUUCGCCCACCGCUGGAGCAGAACAGACCACUGCAGGACAGUGCUGACCGCCUGCACGAAAUGAGGGAUAUCGCUGCAGCCGUCAGUCGGAUCGAACCAGAGAAGACAUCAAAGGUUGCAGAGGCAAAGAGCUUCUUGACUUCAAACCCAAAAUGUGCCAGUGCUCCUCAGCUCAACAGCAAAGUGGAUGAGGCCAAUAAGAAGUACACCAAGAUAGAGCAGCUUCUGCAGUGCUCUCAGGAGAAGCUGAAGAACUCCAACCAGCUGGAGACAUCUAUUCAGAAUGGAAAGACUUUACUGUCGACCUAUGAGAACAAGCUGGCAAGAGAGGAAGUCGCUCCGGCGGAUGUCGUCUCAGUGGAGAAAAUGCAGCGAGAACUUGCUGAUGUGGGAUCAGACCUGAAGUCUCAGAGACCAGUGAUCUCCGAGGCAGAGCAGAACCUGCGCUUGGCCAAAAGCAGCUGUGAUACCAUGGCCAAGAACUUCCAGGAGCAUUGUCCGGACAUUGAAAGACAAGAGGCUGAGGUUCAGAAAAUCAACAAGCGCUACAACAACCUCAGCAGGCAGAUUGACACCAGGUCUCAAAGCCUGCAGAGAGCCAAGAUGGCUUAUAAGAAUUACCGCAAUGAUUAUGACAACCUGAAUACCUGGCUGUCCCGUGUACCCAAUUACGAGCCCCGGGAAACGGAUGACCAGAAACAACUGGAUGCCAAACUGAAGAACCAGAGGAACCUUCUGUCUGACAUAGCAAGAAAGGAAUCGGACUUGAACAAUGUCUCCAAAAAUGCCCAGCUCUACCAGCAGGCUGUGAAGGACUAUGAAACUGAAACUGAAAAGUUUAAAUCCAUUCUUGAUGUUGAGGAUGGACUUGUACCUCAGUCCUAUAAGAGGAGCAGACUGGAGUCUCCUGCUCUGGCAGUAAAGGCAGAGGAAGCUGCUAUUGAAGCAAAGUUCACAGAGGUUAAUGCUGUCAACAAGCAAAGGCUGCAGAAUCUCGAGUUUGCACAAAGCCUUCUGAGCCAGCAACCAGAUAUUCCUCUCAUCCAGUCUACCAGUCUACGGUCGGUAAAUGCUGCCGCACCAGGAGAGGAGCCAUGGCGUAUCAAAAAGCAGCUGGAAGAUGAGAUCCACAGGAGAGAACAGCUAGAAAAAGAAAUUGAGACCAUUCAAACUGAUAUUUACCUCCUGGAAGGACAAAAGCCCCAAGAUACAAUAGUUAAGAAGGAGCUCAUUAAAAAGGUCCCAGACCCCCAAUUAGAUGAGGAAGUACAUAAGGUCCAACAGAAGCUCUCAGAGGAGCGCCGUUCCACCCAUGUGCUGGAGAAUGACCUAGAGGUACUCAAGCUAAAACUACGUGGCUUGGAAACGGAGGUCAAAGAAGGAGCACAGCAGUACACAGUCAAAGAGGUGUUGCGUAUUGAAAGAGACCGCGGUCAAGAGGAGGAGGUUCGCAACCUGCGUGAUGAGCUAGAUGAGUUGAGAAGGCAAAAGAUGUUGAAAGACAAUGAGCUGAUUCAGAUCAAAAAGCAGGUUACCCUACUAGCACAGGAGAAAAACAAGGAACAGGAAGUGAUCACGGAGGAGGAAAUAGUCAAGGUCCAGAAUGACCCCCAACUUGAGUCAGAGUACCGACUCCUCCGCGACAGAAAACAGAAAGAAAUAGAAAACAGAAAGCAGCUGGAGGAUGAAUUACAGUUCCUCCAAGAGAAGCUCAGAAGACUAGAAAAGGAGAAAGCAGUUGCUGAGGAGACGAUUUCCAUCAAGGAGGUGCUAAAAGUGGAAAAAGAUGUUGUCUUUGAAAGAGAGGUAGAAAACCUCAGAAGACAGUAUGAAGAUGAGAAGGCAAAACGGAGGUCAUCGCAGCGGGAGAAGACAGACCUUCAAAGGAAAAUUCAGAGCCUGGAAGAAGAGAAGUCUAAGGUUGUGGUCCAGGAAAAGAUGCGUGAGAUUGUCCGCCCAGACCCUAAGGCAGAAAACGAGGUGGCCAACCUCCGUCUUGAAGUUGUAGAACAACAGAGGCGCUACAGAGAUGCUGAGCUCCAACUGAAAUCCCUACAAGAUGAACUUACUAUGCUAAAGAACAGAGGGCCUCAAGUGGAAGUCAAAGAGAUCAUCAAGGAAGUAAUCAAAUACAAGACAGAUCCACAGACAGAAAGAGAGCUGGAGAGACUUCGCAAUGAAAUAGUCGAUAAAACUCACCUGACAGAGAAAUCUGAAAUGGAAAUCCGUCAACUCCGGGAUGAGAUUGAAAGGUGGAAGGCAACUAAACCACAAAUACAGACUAAAGAGGUGGUCAAUGAAGUGUUGCAGUAUCGAGAAGAUCCCAAGACUAAAGAAGAGAUCGAAACUUUGAAAAGAAAGUUGGCUGAUGAGCAGAAGAAACGUCUUGAUCUUGAGAGAGAACGAUCAGCUCAGGAAGAGAAGAUUAGACUGAAGAAGAUUGAUCUGUCUCAGGUACGAGAGAAGAUUGUUCAUCAAGAAGUUGUGAAGAUGGAAGAAGAUCCUGUACUUAAGUCAGAAUGUGACACUUUCCUGCAAAGCAUUAACAGCGAGCAAAAGCAAAAGGAAAACCUUAAAUCAGAGCUGUUUCAGCUGCAGAGACAGAUUGCUGACCUGGACCUGCAACUGGAGGAACUGGAGCGUGAGCGCAGGGCAAGACGUGAAGCAGAGCUUGAGAUCCAAAGACUUCGUGUCAGACUUAAUGAGCUGGAGAUCCGGGACAAAGAGAACCGUGAAAAGGUGACAGUCAAACAGAAGGUUGUACUGCAGCAGGAUCCACAGCAGGAGAAGGAGCAUUCCAUUCUUAAACUGCAGCUUGAUGAAGAGCGCCACAAGCGCACCCUGCUCGAGAAAGAAUUGAAUAUCCUCAUUCAGCAGCAACUCACCCUGGAGAAGAUGGAUGUCAAGGAAAAAGUUGUCCGCACCGAGAAAGUCCAAGUGGAGCGAGACCCCGAAGCUGAGCUGGAGAUUGAGAACCUUAGGAGAACUUUGGAAGAGGAGAAAAGGAGAAGGCGUGAUCUUGACCAGGAGCUGUCUAUCCUCACUUCCAAGCUCUCUGAUAUGGAAUUUACUAACACAAAGUCUACUAAAGAGCUGGACUACAUCCGUGAUGAAAGUCACCGCCUCCAGCAAGAAAACCAAAGGCUGCAGAACGAGAUUCGUAAACUUCGGUCAGAGAUUGAUAUCACCUGCAAAGAGACUCGACUUAUCACCGAGUCUGCACCAACAGAGGAUGGCAGGAACUUUGAGUUGAGGCUUGACUCGCUACAAAGAGAGCUAGCAGAUCUAAAAAGCAUAACAACCCAGAAAGAUGAAGAAAUUGAAAAACUGAAGAAGAACCUAGCAGCAGUGAGAAUGAAAAGGGAGCAAAGGGAGAGUCACCUCCAGAGAUCCAUUGUUGUUAUUGACCCUGAUACAGGAAGAGAGAUGCGACCUGAAGAGGCAUACCGUCUAGGGUUGAUCGACUGGAAGAUGUUUGUUAACCUCCAGAGUCAAGAGUGUGAUUGGGAAGAGAUUACAGUUAAAGGCCCGAGUGGCGGAUCGUGUGUUCUUCAUGACAGAAAAUCAGGAAAGAAGUUCUCCAUUGAUGACGCACUGCAUUCUGGGCACAUAACACAACGCCAGUAUCAGCAGUACAUAAAUAAAGAAAUAUCCAUUCAGGAGUUUGGUGUAAUGGUUUCAAGAAUGCAGCAGUAAACAUUCCUAAAUUACUGCCCUAAACACCAUCUGUACUCAUUACUUUAAUGGUCUACAUGCUGUUCUCUUUCUCCCCUUGAGAUUAAAACUGUACCAACCAGGGCUUCUUCUGUACUUAAAGUUCCAAACUGCAUUCUGUAUUUAUUUUCUUAUGCCUAUGCAGUUUUCCUUGCACUACAUCUAUGUUUUUUGGAAGUGCCAUCACAGCCACUUGCAAGUUUUGGGAAGGGCUGAUUAUUUAUUUCAGCCAGGGUUGAUGGUUUAUCUCUGAUUGGUCUUUGUGGUGGGUUUGAAAUGUAUCCAGAGGGAUUUCUUAUGGUUAUAUGCUGUUUAUUCAUGAAGCUAUGUAUUCAUUAAGCCUUAAUAAAAUCAUUAUAACCAGA